GGUGGGGGGCGGCGGCCGGCGAUGAGCGGCCGGAGAGAGUGAGCGGGCCGGCGGCGAGGCUGGGGGGCCGCGGAGAGCGAGCCGCGGGGCGGAGGGCGGGGGCGCGAGCGCGGCGGGCUGCGGGCGGCGGCCAGGGCGCGGCGGCGGCGGCCAGGGCGCGGCGGCCGAGAAGAUGGCGGACGGCGACAGCGGCAGCGAGCGCGGCGGCGGCGGGCCCGGCAGCUUCCAGCCCGCGCCCCGCGGCGGCGGCGGCGAGCAGGAGACGCAGGAGCUGGCCUCGAAGCGGCUGGACAUCCAGAACAAGCGCUUCUACCUGGACGUGAAGCAGAACGCCAAGGGCCGCUUCCUCAAGAUCGCCGAGGUGGGCGCGGGCGGCUCCAAGAGCCGCCUCACGCUGUCCAUGGCCGUGGCCGCCGAGUUCCGCGACUACCUGGGCGACUUCAUCGAGCACUACGCGCAGCUGGGCCCCAGCAGCCCCGAGCAGGUGGCGGCGGCGGCGGCCGAGGAGGGCGGCGGGCCGCGGCGCGCGCUCAAGAGCGAGUUCCUGGUGCGCGAGAACCGCAAGUACUACCUGGACCUCAAGGAGAACCAGCGCGGCCGCUUCCUGCGCAUCCGCCAGACCGUCACGCGCGGCGGCGGCCUCGCGCCCGGGCUGCAGAGCGGCCAGACGAUCGCGCUGCCCGCGCAGGGCCUCAUCGAGUUCCGCGACGCGCUGGCCAAGCUCAUCGACGACUACGGCGGCGACGACGACGAGCUGGCGGGCGGCGCGGGCGGCGGCGCGGGCCCCGGCGGCGGCCCGUACGGGGAGCUCCCGGAAGGCACCUCCAUCACGGUGGACUCGAAGCGCUUCUUCUUCGACGUGGGCUGCAACAAGUACGGGGUGUUCCUGCGCGUGAGCGAGGUGAAGCCGUCCUACCGCAACGCCAUCACCGUCCCCUUCAAGGCCUGGGGCAAGUUCGGCGGCGCCUUCUGCCGGUAUGCGGAGGAGAUGAAGGAGAUCCAGGAGCGCCAGCGGGAUAAGCUCUACGAGCGGCGCGGCGCGGGCAGCGGCGGCGGGGACGAGUCCGAGGGCGAGGAGGUGGAUGAGGACUGAACCACGCCGCUUCCCCUGCCGGCCUCCGCCCCCGCGUCCAUCCCCUCGUCUCAUCCCCAGUGAGCUGGUGGGGGAGCAAGGGAGGCCCGCAGGGAGAAAACAGCAUUUAAAAUAAUGUAGUUAAUUACGAGACGUCACCAUAAGAGGACAGUCACGGACAAUUAGAAAAAGCCGUCAAGUUCCCAGGAGCGGACAGCAACCUGCAAAGAGAACAGCGUCUCCUCACCCGAGCAAAAUAGUCCCAGCUUCUGUGGUUUCCCCGCUGAGGGUCCGACGCCCAUCGGGUAACCCCGGUGGGGGACAGGUCCUCCCACACCCUGGGCCAAGGAGCACUUCUGAGUUACCCAGACCUCCUGAUCACAGCUGAACUCGUGUUGUGCUUGGGAACCUAAAGAUCUCUCCAGACCUUUCUAUUGCAGUGUCUAUUCCUUCACCUCCAUUGAAAUCAGCAUUUUGGAUUUAGGUCUUCAUGGAAUUCUUGGGAAGAGAGAGACCUUUGCAGUUACCCAGUUCUGAGGGUACAGGUUUAAUAAGAAGGAAUGCAACUUUAAUCAUGGACAUGGCAAAAUAGGAAUUCAAAACGUCACCGGGGAAUACGAAAACAAACUGGGUCCAUUUUGUUGAAGAUUAAAGGCUUUGCACCAUAUCUGGACCAAGGCCAGUGUCUUGUCUUUGCAGAAUUGUCUUCCAGGAUGCAAAUGGAUUCAGAAGUCAAACCUUGAACUAGAAUUGGUUACUAAAAUAUUUUAAAAGUUGGCAAAAAAUUUUGAAGAUGAAAGAGCAGUUUUACAUCGGGGUUGCUGAGAUAGGCACAAGAAAAAAUCAGGCAUAAAGCACAAGGAAAAAACUGUUUUGAGUGGAUUGGUUGCUGCUCACUAAAGUUCUUCCCCCUGAUCUCUUAAACAUGGAGGUCAUUACCAAGAAAUGGCUUCGGUAUGAAUGAGAGCCAGAUCCUGUGGCUCCACCACGUGAGCCAGUGAAUUAAGGCUAAUUCGGCUGUUUCGGCCACUGGUUGUCUAGAUUUUAAACCACAAAACUUGAAAAAGGAACAGUGGCUACAAGCCUGAGCUUUAAUGGAAUAUACAUCUAACAGAAAAGUUGGAAAUAACGAAAACUGAAGUCUUCCUCUACCUUCAGUUUAAUCUGUGGAUUUGUUCAAAUACUAAAGAUCCUCAGGUCCAGAAUUCCAGCAUCAUUUAUUCUUUUUAAAUUAAAUUUUAAAAACUUGAUCCAUUGUAUUAGUACCUCACAAUCAAAGUUGGCAAAAGAUGGAUGUGUGUCUAGCAAGCAGUGUGCCCUUUGGAAGCUGAAAUCCAUCUGAAUGGAGCCGAAGUGAACGUGAAUAUGCUGACUAUAUGGAAGCAUUUUUAUACCAUCUUGAAAUUUCAACAAAACUGGCUUUUGCCAGUUUAUCCAGCUGUCUUUCAAGAAUAACAGUUGGGGUUUUCAAGGAUCGCCUCUUCUAUAUUUUAAAUGGAUUUUCUGUAGAAGUGAUUUUACUAAUCAAGUUAAUGCCACCCCAUCAAAAGGUAUUUGAGUGUCAUAGACCUAGGUAACUUUGAAUCAAAUGGGAGCUAUGUUCUUUCCAAAGUUUUUCAGGUAUGCUUUGUGCAACACCUUCUCAACCAAGAGGCAAGUAACCCCACCUCCACAAUCUUAGUGGUUGUUUUUUUUUAACUGCAUGACUGCCCUUUAUUUGAGCUGCCUUUUAAUUUAUUGCAUACCCUUUUUAUUAUCUUAUUUUGGUAUUAUUCAAUAUAUACAAUCUUUUUGUAUUUAUUAGGAAUUAAGUAAUAUACAAAAAGGUCGUUUUCAUGCAUUGUGGCUGAGAGGGAGGGAAAUAAUUAUGUAUAUAAAAUGAGGCUUUUUUACAAAUUAGACUGUGAUUCAGAAUAUUAUUAAUUUUAGAUUUAAAAAAAAAGUGGAAGAGCCACAAACAUUGGUGCCCUUUUCAGACAAUUUCUCUACUCUCAUCGUCCACAGUAGAGUUUUUAAACAGAUUUUUUUAAAGCUUUUCUUUUUUUUUUAAAUUUUCUCCGUUGCAAAGAAUGUUUCCUAAAUUGUAUGGGAGCAAUAGUAUUUUCGAUGUUUUAAUGACAUCCGUAUACUUGUACUGUAUUUUGUACUACAAGGCAGCUGUUUUCAAUGAUGUCCUGCUGUAUUUACCUAUGUGUUUUGAGUGUUUUAUUUCUUUGCUGCGGAGAACAAAUCCCUAAGUAGUUUUAGUAAAGGAGCUGAGAAACUAGCAUUAGGUUUGCAGAAACUGUUUAGUUUCAAACUUUGAGGCAGCAAUGAAAAUUAAGGUUGCAGCUAUUAGUUGACCGCUGUAACUUUUGUUUUGAAAUCAUGUACAAUUCCUGUAUAGACCAACUUGUUCUCUUGCUUCAGUGGUGGUUCUGUUGCUCAGCUGCAGUGAGCCAGUUCAAUUUUGCAAAGGUGCGGUACCUCUCCUUUUUUAGGGGUUGGUUUACUCUUUUUUUCUGUUCUUUUGUUUGGCUGAAUUGCAGUAACUAGCCUUGCCUUUCUAUUCUGUAGAAAUGACAGGGUCUUCACAAUCCUCACCCGUGGCUACUAAGCUAUAAUUAGCUGAAUAGAAAGAAUGUGGAAGUGGUCUGAGGCAUAUAGAAUAUAUGCCAAGAACACUGCCAUAUAUGGAAUCAGCUUUGGUUACCAGAGAAAUUUUCUUAGUCAUUAGACCAUGUAACAGUAAUAUAUCAUAUGUAAAUCGUUAGAUAAUCAAUUUGAGAAUCCUCCAAAAACAAGGAGCAAAGAAUGCAUAAGCUAUGUGUUGGAAAAGUAAUUUAUAUUAAAAUUUUUGACCUGCCUAUGUAAGAUUAAGUGGUAAAUGUCAUAGUGGUGGGUUUUAAGUCUUAACCAAUCUCAAAGGUUUGUUUCUCCUGCAAGGUGGUUGAUGGCCUCUCUUCCUCCUGCAGGAAGGUUACAGAAGGAUGUGGAUUGAUUGUAGCAUUUCACUGACCCUCCUUCCAGUCACUAGGGACAAUAGAAACUACACUUUUAAUGUGUGGUUUGUUCAACAAGGCGGUAUGAACGGGCCAUCUUUCAGAACUCAGUCAUAGAUACUGCUUAUUAAAGGACAUAAUCUGUUAAAUCCAGGCAGAAAAUGUUUUGUUUUCAACCACUGCUGUACACAGUGAUGUAGGGCUUGUUUUUGACUUUGGCAAACAUUGCAGCUAAUGACAUGCUCAAAACCGUUCAUUUCCAGAGAAAUAGGGAAGUAAAAUGUCUUUCCUAAUAAUUGGUAGAAUGUUCAUUUCUCAAACUGCUGCGGUUACAGAAGUGAAAAAAGUCCACAAUUUUAGGAACAGAAUUGAAAGAGCAAAAAACUCUGAGUAUAUCCCAUAAUUCUUUCUGGUUUCUAUUGUCCCUACCUGUCAUUCGUGUAGAACUACAGUUCUCAUCGGGGAAGGAAGUCGUCAGUGCAUAUGCUGCACAGAACAAAGUGUAAAUCUGGGUGGCACCAAAAAGCAAAGCGAAAACCAAACCAAAACCCAGACACCCUAUGUUCCUAUGGGAGGCGUGUAGGUGGUGCAAGCGACUGUAGCUGUGAGACAGACACAGCUGCUUGUCAGGUCACUUUCCAUAAUAUUUAUUGCAAAAUGAUUGAGAGGCCUUGGGUCCAGGCAGCCAUUAACCUGCUUCCUUUGUUACCUCUCGAUCACUUUGCAAUAAAUUGCAGGUCUUUUAAGAGAUUCAAGCUUCAGUUUUCUCAAAACAAAACAAUUAUCCUGUCUUACCUGAAAAUGCAGGGUUGUGGGCAGAAGAGGCUGGUUGUAAUAAUGCCCUCAUAUUGAGUGGUCUGUAAACGGCUGCACACUUCAGGCACUGUAGUUGCUGAGGAUGCUUUCUUACAUGUGACCUUGACUGGCUUUACAGGGGGGUAUAGGAUGAUCUACACAAGGUGUGAAAAGGUGACAAUUUGCUUGCGUCUACCUUGCCUUGAGGUGGAUGAAUUUAAGGAGACGCUUGAGUGUGUAAGCUAUGCACAUAAGUAUUCUUCACUGUAAAUUUUUUUUUUCAUUUUAACCCAAUUAUGGUACUUUGUCUAAUGCACAACUGAUCUCUCAGUAGAUAUUCAUUUGAAAAUAGUGUGGCCUUGAUUGGUGAGAAGGGGAAGGAGAAAAGUGACUUUGGCUUAUGUAAAAAUGACUCAUUUGCCAAGAGUCGUUCUGCAGCACUCUUAGUACUUAAUGUGUUUGUGAUUGGUCUCCUUUUUGAUUGGGGAAAUUUAAUGGUUUUGAUCUGGGAGUUAUUAAUUCAAUUGAGUUGUCUUCUAUUUUUAGGAAGUAUCAGAAUUGCUCUCAUAAGUACAAAGUUGAUUGCUUUGAUGUCCAAUCUCAGGUUUUAGAAUAUAUAUAGUGGUGUAAAAUCCCACUGUUAACUCUUUAAAAACUAUUUUAAUUUAAUACACCCUUAAAAGUCACAUGCAUAAGGCCUGUUCAGAGGGCAGAGCCUCCCAUCUUUUUGCUCCUUUUCCAUUUUGUACUUCACUUGAGAAAGUGUGGAGUGAUUUUACAUUGUAUAUUGCCAUUUAACCCUGACAUAUUUCUCAAGAAAAAGCACUUUUUGAUCAUGAAAUACACGGACUCUUUGUGUGAUGUGGAUCAUGGUUUCUCAGGCUCCCCUAGAUAAUCUGCUUAUGAAUAUUAUUCUAACUCUGUGUAUGAAGAGUAGAAAUCUUUCCUAAUGUUAGAAAGUUUGUAUUAUUGAUCCAGAAUGCAUUUUGCUAGCUUCCAAUGGAUGGGAUAGUGAACAAUACUGCAUUCACAGUUUAUAAGUUUCUUUCCCUUGAGCCUUAAGGUAACUUUUUUUGUCAGCAACAGCACUGAAGUUAUAGUAAAUGAAUGAGAUUCAGUUUUCAGGGUUAGUUUUAGAGUACUGUAAAUCAAUUAGAUGUCUUCAUAAACAGUUACUAUUCCCAUUGAAUAAACUGAAUAAUGAGUGUAUAGGUGGGGCUGGGGGGCAGAGGGAGAUAGUUUAUAGAAAAGAAAAAACUCAUUUACCUUAAGAAAAAUAGAGACAAAAAAGAAAAAGUGCAUAUCGAUCUCCUGUUUGAAAUUCCAAAUAUAAGAUAGAAAUGGCAAAUUAUAACUUCCCAUUUUUAAAAAAAUAUAUAUUUUAUUGAUUUUUUACAGAGAGGAAUGGAGAGAGAGAGUUAGAAACAUCGAUGAGAGAGAAACAUCGAUCAGCUGCCUCCUGCACACCCCUACUGGGACUAUGCCCGCAACCAAGGUACAUGCCCUUGACCGGAAUCGAACCUGGGACCCUUCAGUCCGCAGGCCGACGCUCUAUCCACUGAGCCAAACCGGUUUUGGCAUAACUUCCCAUUUUUAAUCUAGAAAAGUACCCAUUAAUUUUUAAAUGUUAGACCCCAGAAGUUUCAAGAGAUAGACUCUUUUUUUUUUUUAAGAGAUACUCUUGUUACAGCUAACUUUGUUACUUAAAGUCACCAUUCCCAGUCUUAAAACUCCGUUUCAUCAGACUCUUAUUUCAGCAUUUAUCAGUACCAAAAAUUAAAUUUGGAAAAUGGAAAAAUAACAAAAUUGCAUCAUGAAGAUUUAUUAAGUAAUUUCCAAUUGUUAUCUGUACCUCUGAUCCAAGUAAUACCUUUAUGAAUGUAUAUUUCCUAAUGAAAUUGGAAAUAUGUCAUCAAUGUAAUCACCUUUAUUCACAAUCUUUUGCUUUUCAUUUGAAAAUCUAACUCAUGCCUCUUGAAUUCGAUAUUCCAAUUGGGACAGGCAAAGACAUGUUAGAACAGCAGCAAGAGAAUAUAACUGUAUUUGUAAUUAACAGAUUUUGAAUCUAGGAGCAAAUUUCAUUUUCCCUGUUUUAUGUAAAGUGUCUCACUGCCAUUAAUAAGAGAGGGCUGGUUAUAUCUUUGGUAUGAAGAAAUGUGGGCUCAGAAUAUUGGAGAGAAAACAACAGACCUGUCCAAAUUCAUUGUCCACUAACUUUUUUUUUCCUAUCUUCAAUUUCAAUGGCUAAUUCUUUCAAGAAAAUUGAUUUAGACCAACCCUUAUUCCUUAAAGGCAAACUUUUGUCCCCACUCUUACCCUGUGUCACAAGAUCAGGUUGAUUCAAAAAAAAUCUUUAUAUUUGAAAGUAGCUGAGCAAGUAGUAUAUUUCCCCUUUUAAAAUUGCUUUUUUGGGAACAUAUAACUGUGGGGAGAGUCCUAAGUAAAUUGAAGAAAUUCUGUCACUAAGCACAUGUGUAGGCAUUUGGGAGUUUUGUUUCCAGCUCUUCAGAUAUGAGAUGUAGACCCUUUUCUCCCAGUCCACAUGCCACCUCUGUUAUAAAAAGCUCUGUGAUUUCCUAGAAGUUAAUAGAUUGGGCAAGUGCAGAAACAGUUUAAAUCGAGCAGGGCAUACUUACCAAGAGUGGGCAGUUUUGCAUAUUGUGGUAGCAGGCCAAGUAUAUUUUGAGUUUUUUCAAUGAUCAAUAUUUGAAUAAUAUUAAGAUUAAAUUCUAGGGAAAUUAGUGGGGAUUUAUGCUUCCUUUUGCAAAUACAUGCAGGUGUUUUUCCAUGAUCAUUUUAAAAAGUCCAUUUGUAUUUUGGGAUGUUUCCAGUCAUAUCUAUCAGGGCUUCCUUACGUUAGAGCAGCCGUGGGCAAACUACGGCCCGCGGGCCGGAUCCGGCCCGUUUGAAAUGAAUAAAACUAAAAAAAAAAAAAAAAAAAGACCGUACCCUUUUCUGUAAUGAUGUUUACUUUGAAUUUAUAUUAGUUCACACAAACACUCCAUCCAUGCUUUUGUUCCGGCCUCCGGCCCAGUUUAAGAACCCAUUGUGGCCCUCGAGUCAGAAAGUUUGCCCGCCCCUGCGCUAGAGUCUUCACUCCAAAGUGAGGCUGAUGUCCUGCUGGUAGAGAAUCUAUAUGCAUUGAGCGAAGUAAAACCAAAUCUUGACAGCAGGAGGCAGCUUCCUGAUCUAAUCAGAUGUGCAGCUAGAGCUAAGGUUGAAAGUCACUUUACAAUUGAUCUUGGCUGGAAGGCUGAGAAGCUAUGGAAGUUACUUUAAAGGGGUUUUUGGGGUGUCUUCAGUCUGUGUAAAUACCCACCUGCUGUGCAUUGUAAACCAAGUGUGUAUUCUUAUGUGUGAAUUUGUAGGCCUGACUUCUGCUUCAAAAGAAGCCGCACCUUUCCAUGUAUAAGGCCCCUCCACCUGUAACCCUAUAAAUAUUUGUAAAUAGAACACUAAAUUUGUAGUAAUAGGAUCAACUUGGGAAUAUCUGCUGAGAGACCAAAAAGUUCAUUUUUUAAAGUACCUUGAUUAAAGAGUAAAGAUUAUUCCUCUUAUUUUUUAAAAGAAGAAUGCACUUUAACAAACAGCUACAUGGGCAAUUCAAACAAAUCCGUAAAGUGCAGUAUCCAUUCAGAAACCAUACUUCCUGAAAACGUUCAAAAGCAGAGUCUAGAUGGGCUGUUGAUCUCACUGCCUGGAGGUUGAAGCUCAGAUUGCGGUCAAUUUUGAGAUGAGCAGGGCUGCUUCAGACAGGUCUCUAACAUGGCGGGUCCCGUAAUUACCACUAACUAGCAAAACUGACAGAAAACUCACAGAAAAAAGUUUAAGAAUCCUUACUGCUGGUGUGUACUCCUUACAAUAGCAGACUUUUGCAAAUGGAGUUUUACAGUCUAUAUUUAAAAAAGUGUAUGUUUGUAACAAAUAAAGUAUGCGGAAAAGUGAAUGACAA